AUGCAGACUCCUUCUUCCGCCUCCGCUUCCACCAUCUCCCUUCAUCUCCGCCAGUACGACGACCGUCCCGAAUCCCCCGCCGAACCUCUUUCCGCUGCCACCAAGGCGUGCAUCAUCUCCGGCAUCGAAAACCGCAAAUCGGCCGACCGCAUCGUCUGCGUACCCUGCUAUGAGCAACUGAGCGAGCCGCAGAGGGCGAACCUGAGGACCACGUCCUGGGCGGGAGGAUGUCCCCUGUGUUUGGUAAAGGAGGAUAAGCCCGAGGCCUACACGAAACCCUUUUGCGACUUCUUGACUGAGAACCCGACCGUCUUCCACGCCGUCGAGUACUUCAAGGAGAAGCUUACCGCUGCUGGUUUCGAAGAGAUCAAGCCUGGUGGCAAGUAUUGGGUCACGAGGAAUGGCAGCUCCAUCAUCGCCUUUAGUGUCGGCCGGUCCUACGUUCCUGGCUCCGGUGUUGCCAUGAUUGCCGGCCACAUUGAUGCCUUGACGGCGAGGUUGAGGCCCAUCAGCAAGAAACCCAACAAGGCCGGCUACGUUCAGCUUGGUGUUGCUCCUUAUGCGGGAGCUCUUAACCAGACCUGGUGGGACCGUGACCUUGGCAUCGGUGGCCGUGUUAUUGUCAAGGAUCCCGAGACUGGCAAGACUUCCAUCAAGCUCGUUAAGCUCGACUGGCCGAUUGCUCGUAUCCCCACCGUCGCUCCCCACUUUGGUGCCGGCAUGAUGGGCCAGAACAACAAGGAGACCCAGGCCGUUCCCAUCAUUGGCCUCGAGGACCGAAACGCCAACGCCGAAACGGCCGAGCUCAUCGCCAAGGAACUAGGCAUCGAGGAUUAUUCCCUGAUUCUCAACUGGGAGCUUGAGCUCUUCGAUUCUCAGCCCGCCCAGACCGGCGGUCUGGACCGCGAAUUCAUCUUUGGCGGCCGCAUCGACGACAAGCUCUGCAGUUGGCCCGCCCUCAUCGCCCUCCUCUCCGCCGCGGAUGACGAGGACCACGCCGGCAUCAAGCUCGUCGCCCUCUUUGACGACGAGGAAAUCGGCUCCCUCCUCCGCCAGGGUGCCCGCGGCAACUUCCUCCCCAUUGUCAUUGAGCGUACCACGUACGCCCGCUCCUUCCUCGCCUCCGCCGACGUCACCCACGCCGGCAACCCCAACUUCCUCGGCCUCUACCUCGACGAGCACGUGCCCCGCCUCAACGUAGGUGUCGCCAUCUGCGCCGAUAGCAACGGCCACAUGACCACCGACGCCGUGUCCACCGCCAUUCUCCAACGCAUCGCCCAGCUCGAGGGCUGCGAGACUCAAAUCUUCCAGAUCAGGAACGACACCCGUAGCGGCGGUACCGUGGGCCCCAUGCUGUCCAGCGCCAUGGGUGUCAAGGCUGCCGAUCUCGGCCUGCCCCAGCUCAGCAUGCACUCUAUCCGCGCCACCACUGGCGCCCUUGACCCUGGUCUGGGCGUCAGGUUCUUUAGGGCCUUUUAG